AUGAUUUUGGUUGAUUUUUUCUUUGAUGAUUUGUGCUUCGGCUGGGACGUUCGUGCUAGGAUCCGCGAACUGCCUCAAGCUACGCAUGUCCUUGCAGUCUAUUCUUGCGGUGUUGUAUGGUCAGGCAUCAUUGAUUUUUAUGCGCCCGUAUACGGAGAUGAAUAUGGAGUUGCGUUACAUGGGAAUGCUACGCGGAAUAUAAGUCCGAAGGGCUGUGUUUGA